GCUGCAACUACGUAGUGCAGCAGAAGUCACUUUGAAUAUCCACACCCACCUUACCCAGAGGCAUACCCACAGACAUACCCACAUUACAACGGUCUAGGUUACGAUUACCCAGACUAGCUUGGCCAGGGCAAAAGCGCUUGUGAAUUUGUGCGGUGUCUGCCCCAGGCGGAGCCAUACUGGGUUCUAGCCCCGGACUGAAACGAAUAUAGACCGCUAACUGCCGGCCAAGAUUCUUUAACUAGUCACUAGAGGACUACACUAGUCCAUAGUAUAGGCAGUAGCAGGCCGUUACAGCUAACUUCACACGUAGGAGGAUGGAUCGUACGUACCGGCUACCAUACCCGGCAUACCACAAAGCGUUGGCAUAGUCUAUAUGAGGAAUACAUAGCGGCAUGACCAUCCAAUGAAAUCAAAUUUCUGCAGUUAGGAGCUUUGUAUUCCACCCAUGAAUCCAUUAUCUGGACUUUCACUUUGCUUCCCCUGGCCCUACGAAUAGCGGUUGGACACCUUCCUAGCCGAACCAUGGGUGACAUCAUUGCUGAUUGGCACCCGAAUAUAGUCUUACCCAGCAGGAUGGUCCAGAAAAGAUACAAGUUGACAAGUAGCUCUGGACGACACUUCCUAUAAAGGUAGGGUGGUACGCCUAUUCCUAAGCGAAGGCUUUCGAGCAUACUUUUGUCCUCCUACCUGGCCACUGGACUAUAGCUUUUAGAUAAGGGGUAUAAUUACAUUCUGACACGAUGACUGACGACAUAGCCGUUGUAGGAUUUUCUUUUAAGCUUCCUCAAGAUGUUAACGACGUCUCUAGUUUCUGGCAGGUACUCCAGGACAGGAAGAAUUUGAUGACCGAGUGGCCAGAGUCUCGUAUUAAGAAUGGUUCGUUCGAAUCGAGCAAUGAUAGUAAUCUUCGUUGUCGAGGCGGUCACUUUAUUACAGAAGACCCAGGAGCGUUUGACGCGCCGUUCUUCUCCGUGACCGCGAAAGAAGCGGCUUCUAUGGAUCCAUUGCAAAGGUGGACUCUUGAAGCAUCAUAUCAUGCUUUCGAAAAUGCCGGAAUACCACUCGACCGGCUCAGAGCCUCACGCUGUGGUGUAUUCUCCGCUUCAAUGACGGAUGACUACAAGAGGAUGAUUGCACAAGACCCCGACAAUGUACCUCGCAUGGCAGUCACAGGAACCUUUGCCUCAAUUUUACCCAACCGCGUCAGCUGGUACUUCGACUUACACGGACCCAGUAUUCACGUUGACUCGGCUUGCUCGAGCAGCUUGUUGGCUCUCGAUCUUGCCUGCCAGUCCUUACGGGCUGGCGAAGCAUCGUCUGCAAUUGUCACUGGGUCUAACCUGAUUCUUGGCCCUACUAUAUACCAGAUGUUAUCAUCACUUAAUUUCUUAUCUGCAGAUAGCCGUUGUUACAGCUUUGACCACCGUGCAAACGGCUAUGCUCGAGGAGAAGGCGUUAUUGCCCUCGUGAUUAAACCACUAUCGGACGCUGUGCGUGAUGGUGAUAUGAUUCGAGCAGUUAUUAGGUCUACUAGUUCAAACCAAGACGGCCACACGCCGGGACUUACACAACCCAGUCCUCAGGCUCAGGAAGACCUGAUUCGUCAGGUUUACAAGAAGGCAAAUCUGCCUCUUGACGUUACGCGUUACUUCGAGGCUCACGGGACGGGAACACCAGUUGGUGAUCCAAUCGAAAUGAAAGCUAUAGGGAAGGUUUUCAGAACAAGCCGUUCGCCAGAAGAUCCUCUUUAUGUUGGCUCUGUUAAAGCAAAUAUCGGACAUUUAGAAGGAAGCAGUGGCUUAGCUGGCGUUCUAAAGUCGAUAUUGAUUCUUGAAAAGGGUAUAAUACCGGGAAAUGCAAAUUUCGAAAAGAUAAACCCGAAAAUCGACGCAGAUUUCUACAAUGUCAGGGUUCCCAGCGAGAACGUCCCUUGGCCUUCUGAAGGUGUGCGCCGCGCUUCAGUAAAUUCAUUUGGAUUUGGAGGAACAAAUGUCCACGUUGUUUUGGACGAUGCUUUGCAUUACCUACAAGAACGAGGGCUAUCUGGAAACCACUGCACCACCGUGCUUCACAAAGCAAAUGGUUCGACGAAUGGUGCUACUAAUGGUCAUAGUAACGGAGUAAACGGUCACCAUUCUAAUGGCCACCAAGCGGAGUCUCCGUCAAGACUUCUUGUCUGGUCUGCAGCAGACGAGAAAGCCCUCAAACGUAUGGUUGGGGACUACCAAGCCUUCUACGAGAGCCAUAUCUCAGAUAACCCAAGCAAACUUGACGACUUAGCUUUUACAUUGGCCAACCGCCGAAGUCAUAUGCUUUGGCGAGCAUUCGCCGUUGCUGGCGACGGAUCCAAGGAUGCGAAACUUACAGCAGCCAAACCAAUUCGAAGUUCUGCUGAUGCUGGAAUAGCUUUUGUAUUCACUGGUCAGGGAGCCCAAUAUGCCAAUAUGGGCUCGGACCUUCUUAAGUAUCCCUUAUUUAAGACGACGUUACAACAGAUUGAUGAGAUAUACCAGAGCCUGGGUUGUAAAUGGUCGAUAUUUGAUGAGCUUCACAAUAAGGAGAAUAUUGACCGCCCUGAAUACAGCCAGCCUUUAUCAACAGCUCUUCAAUUAGGACUGAUCGAGUUACUAAAGAGUUUCGGCGUCGUUCCAAAAGCAGUGGUCGGACAUUCAUCUGGUGAAAUUGCCGCAGCGUAUGCGGUUGGCGCACUAUCAUUGCUAGCAGCUUGCAAAGUAUCCUACUUCCGAGGACAGCUGGCUGGGCAGCUUAGAGCUACGAGCUCUUCUCCGGAGGCUAUGAUAUCUGUAAAUCUUUCCGAAGACGAGGUCCAAGGGUAUCUGCAGAAGAUCAGCGCCGAGGUCGCGGCCCAGAUUAAUAUCGCCUGUAUCAACAGCCCGUUAAACUGCACGCUCUCUGGCAAGGAGAGUGCCAUCGACAUCGCCAAGGAGCAACUCGACAAAGAUGGCAUCUUCGCUCAGAAGCUUAAGACCGGUGUUGCAUAUCACUCACCCUCUAUGUCUCAAAUUGCAGAUGAGUAUAUACGCCAAAUGGGUUCUCUUGAUGACAAUAACCCUAAGGGUAUUAAGUCGUCAAUCCCAAUGGUCUCGUCAGUUACAGGAAAGCCCGUUAAGCCAGCUUCGCUAGCGACGCCCCAAUAUUGGGUUGAUAACAUGGUUUCUCCCGUCAGAUUUUCAGAUGCCGUGGAUGUUCUAACACAGAAGACAUCAACAUUGAAGGUAGGCUUAGGAAAUAUUACUGACCUGAUUGAGGUUGGCUCUCACCCCGCGCUGCGUCGGCCGGUUCAGGAUACGCUGGCGAAGGCCGAAAACAAGAAACAGCAAAUACGGUAUAGCUAUGUACUUCAUCGAUCCUAUUCUGCGGUCCAGACUACUCUGGAACUUCUCGGGCAACUUUUCUGCCAUGGGCACGCAGUAUCCAUCCCAGCGGCAAACCAAGAGUCGUCUGACAAACAGCCUCAUCGUUUCUUGGUCGACUGUCCGAAGUAUCCUUUCGACCACUCAAAGACGUACUGGGCCGAGUCUCGUCUCAGUCGAGAUUUCAGGUUGCGCGAGAGUACCAAGGGCGAGACGUUAGGAGCAAGGUUUUUCGACUGGAACCCGCUCGAGCCGAGGUGGAGGAACUUCCUCAGUGUUGAGACUACGCCAUGGAUUGGAGACCACGUCAUCAGCGGAACCACUCUCUAUCCUGCUGCAGGAAUGUUGAUAAUGGCGAUGGAAGCCGUACAACAGAUCCAACCCGACGGCCGCAAAAUAUCAGGAUAUUACGUGAAGGAGGCCCACUUUAUGAACCCUAUCGUAGUCAAGGAAGCCUGGGAAGACCGGACGGAGACUAUGCUUCAUUUGCGACCGGUGAAGAGACCGUAUGAGAAAGAAUCUACUUGGUCCGAUAUCACGAUAUAUGCAUUUUACGAUGAUCGAUGGACCGAAUGCUUUAAGGCCAGCGUCCAAGUCGAGUACGAAGAGCCCACCCAAGCUGAUAUCCAGGAAGAACGUCGACAGGCCCACCAGCGGAUUGCCGACCGGUUCCUAGAAGCGCAAGCGUUAUGCACGAGACCUGUUGACUCCCAAGUGUUCUAUGAGGACGCUACCGAGCAUGGCUUGGCAUACGGAGAGGCAUUCCAAGUUAUAGAAGACAUUCGGUGGGAUGGCAAGGCAAACACCAUCGCUCGCGUCGACAUGUCAAAGUGGAAGACAACAAGUCUCGUUCACCCUGUGGUCCUGGACUCUGCUUUCCAUGCCUUGCGAGUGAGUACGACUCUAGGCUUAGACUUAUCCAAUGCUACAAAUGUUCCAGUACGUUUAGUAGAUGGAUGGUUUUCACAGACCGGAUGGCAACAACCUGAGACUUCUUCGGUCAAGUGGUUCGCGACGUCUGAAGUUAAAGGUGGCCGAGAAAGCGACGAGGGUUCUAUUUACGCUUUAGCGGAUGAUGGAUCUGUGCUGUGCACAAUGCGAAGACUAGUCACUGGAGUUGUGUCAAGAAAGAAUGAAGGGAGCCAGGCUGCCAAGAAGCUAUUGUAUAGCAUCGACUGGAAGCCGCAGCUAAGCUUGAUCGAACCGAAGCAGCUCGAAUCUGCAGUCGACGCUGAUACUUUCGUCAGAGAUGAGAACACAAUGCUACUUCAUCAUCAGAAGCUGACAUUCGUCCUGGACAAGGUGGUCUCCAAGACUUUGAAACUGCUGUCCGGAGAGAAGGGUCAGAAGGUCCCCGAUUCUCAGAAGAGGCAUAUAGAGUGGCUUGAACACCACGUCAAGUCUGUCCCUGCCGAACGAAUAGCUGAAGAUAUAAGCGAAGAAGAACUCGAGGUUCUCCUUCAAGAGGUCGAAGCCCUUCACCCACCAUGGAAGCUACACACAACAGUAGUACGCCGUCUAACUGAUAUCCUCACGGGCGAAAUAGACCCGUUGGAGGUUAUCUUUGAUGCAAACUUGGCCGACGUGUUCUACGCAGAUAUGUUUGAGCACGUGUGCGACCACAGAAUGCUGAAAUUCCUGGACCUCGCUACCCACGAGAACCCUAAGCUCCGCAUUCUCGAAGUUGGUGCCGGAACAGGUGGUAUGACAUCCCGCGUCAUUGCCGCUUUGAAGGAACUCGAAAAGAAGAGUGGCGCACUCAAGUUCGCAGAAUACACGUAUACUGACGUCUCACCCGCUUUCUUUGAGAAGGCGACAGCACGAUGGCAAGACUACAAGGAAAGGAUGACUUUCAAGACCUUUGAUAUGAAGCGUAGCGCCGAAAGCCAAGGCUUCGAGCCGGGCUCUUAUGAUUUGGUCGUCGCCGGAAGUGUUCUGCACGCCACGGAAGAUUUGGUGGCUACGAUGAAGAACGUGCGCACCACCCUUAAGCCGACUGGACACCUCUUACUGCUCGAAGUUAUUGCGCCUCAAGAUGUCGUCACAAACUUCACAUUCGGUCUCGUGCCUGGUUGGUGGGGUCGUCGAGAAGAGUGGCGAGGCCUAUCCCCUGCGAUACCCGAGAAGCAGUGGGAUGACGUCUUGAAAUGGACAGGAUUCAGCGGAAACGACCUUGUCCUCAGAGACUACAAGAGUGAAGCUUGCCAUAUCUUCAGUAUAAUCGUAUCUAGGGCCGCGGAAGAAGUCCGCGAGGCGGCCUCCAAUAAGUCGGGACUUGUUCUUGUUGUCGAUAGCCAGUCGGACGAGCAAAACGAGCUGGCUAACUUGAUCCACACUAGCAUUGUUAAGUCGCAAGAUCAGCAGGCUCGGAUCGUUGCUCUCGAUCAGGUCGCAACGGCAGAUCUAUCCAAGGAUGAUACGGUAGUCUGCAUUGCUGAGAUGAGCAAGCCUUUCCUUGCGACGCUGUCUGAGGACAAGUUCAAGUUGCUUCAAGGACUCUUGAAGCACGCACAGACUUUGCUGUGGGUCACGGCGACGAGCUUGGAAGAUGAACAGUAUUCACAGUAUGGUGUUAUGAGCGGAUUCUUGCGAUCUAUUCGACACGAAGAAAGCGAAAAGCACAUCGUAACAGUCGCGAUUGAGUCUCAGGGGGAGACUAAGGCUGAUUAUGCUCAAUAUGUCGCCAAGGCCUACAAGGCGGCUUUUGAAUCGAAGACCGGGGAGCUAGAGUACAUUGUCCGCAACGGCCAACUCACUACGGGUAGGGUCGCAGAGGAUAUCUCCGGUAACGAUACGCUCCGGUCUCUCCUAUAUCCGCAAUUGAAGCAAAAGCCUUUCUCGGAAGGACCGUCACUAAAACUUACCGUUGGCGAGACCGGAACCCUGGACUCGUUACAACUUGUCGAAGAUAUCGCGCAGCAAGCAGAACUUCUCCCGCACGAAGUAGAAAUUGAGGCCAAGUCAUGGGGCCUGAAUUUCAGAGAUGUUCUGUGCGCUUUGGGCCGCUUGGAGGACAACGAAUUAGGUGUUGACUGUGCCGGUGUCGUGACCAGAGUAGGACCCGACACCGACCCGGAGAUCCGACCAGGUGACAGAGUUUGCAUGGUUUCGAUAGACUGCAUGCGAACACAUCCGCGCGCUUCGGACAAGGCCGUUCUGAAGAUUCCCGAUAGCCUAUCUUUUGAGGCUGCCGCAUCGAUCUUAGUUCCUGGCAUGACAGCCUACUAUUCUAUGAUCGAACUCGCCCGUGUUCGCAAGGGCGACAAGGUUCUCAUCCACUCUGCCGCUGGUAGCACUGGUCAAAUGGCAAUUUGGAUGGCGAAAUCGAAGGGAGCCGAAAUAUUCGCUACUGUUGGGUCUGAUGAAAAGAGGCAAUUCCUCAAGGAUACCUUUGCCAUCCCUGAUGAUCACAUCUUCAACAGCAGAAACACUUCGUUCGCCCAAGGAGUCUUGCGAGUGACCAACGGAUAUGGUGUUGACGUAGUCCUUAACUCACUUUCGGGAGAUAGCCUGAGGUCAACUUGGGAGUGCAUGGCGCCAUUUGGUCGCUUUGUGGAGAUCGGUGUAAUUGAUAUUAAGGCCAACUCAUCGCUACCCAUGGCCGGCUUCGCCAGGAACGUCAGCUACUCAGCUGUUGACUUACGCUAUGUCAUCCUCAAGAACCCAGAGCUAACCUACGACCUUCUGAAAGCCACUAUUGGUCUCCUGAACGAGGGUACUGUACAACACCCCGGCCCGCUACACCCCUACCCCGUGUCGAAGGUCGAACAGGCGUUCCGUUACCUCCAGGGCGGAAAGAAUAUUGGACGUAUCAUUCUAAAUGUUGAGCCCACUGACGUGGUUCCGCAACUCCUUCUGGAACGACGAUCGUGGAGAUUCGACGAGAACGCAUCUUACGUGAUUGCCGGAGGAUCCGGUGGUCUUGGUCGCGCCAUCAUCAAAUGGAUGGCCGACAGAGGCGCAAAGCACUUGAUCGUGCCAUCGAGAUCAGGUAGCUCGAAGCCCGUGCUCGCCGAAGUCAUUUCGGACUUGGCAAAGCGCGGCGUCAAUGUCUUUGCACCUGCGUGCGACGUAUCUUCAUCCGAAUCUGUUGCCAAGGUCCUCGAGGAGGCCGGGCGCACGAUGCCGCCUGUCAAGGGUUGUAUCAAUGCCGCCAUGGUUCUCCAAGACGCCGUGUUCGACAACAUGACCUUCGCCCAGUGGGAUCUCACAAUUAAGUCUAAGGUUCAAUCAGCCUUGAGCUUACACGAACUGCUACCCAAGAACCUAGACUUCUUUAUCCUCCUAUCCUCACUUAACGGUGUGUGCGGAGCGUUAGCACAGUCUAAUUAUGCGGGUGGUUGCUCGUUCCAAGAUGCGCUCGCACGGUACCGCGUUGCGCAUGGCCAAAAGGGAGUUUCGAUUGAUAUCGGCUGGAUGAGGAACAUCGGUAUCGUCGCAGAGACGCAAGCAUACCAGCGUCAACGAAAGAGCUGGGAUGACAUGCAGAAGAUUGACGACAAGGAGCUCUUGGCCCUUCUUAGUGUGCUUUGCGAUCCUUCGGAGCCUGUCCCAUCGCCUACUGGUAGCCAAGUCCUUUUCGGUCUGCGCACACCGGCUGAUUUCCUCGUCAAAGGUCAGACACCUCCGUCUCUGCUAACCAGGCCCUUAUUUUCUCCGUUCUCCCAUGUUGUUGGAGAGGCCAAGAGCGCCUCCAAGGAUGCAGGUGUAGACGUGGCCGCUCUCUUUAGAUCUACGGCAGAUGCUAGCGAACGCAUCCAGAUCGUCAUUAGCGCAUUGACCCAGAAGCUGGCGCGCUCCAUGGCCAUCUCGGCUGACGAUGUAGAGCUGAACAAGCCGCUUUCUAGUUACGGUGUCGACUCCCUAAUGGCGGUCGAGCUGCGUAACUGGAUCGGAAGGGACUUCCAAGCCAGCGUGGCUGUUUUCGAUAUCAUGGGUAAUGUGCCUGUUUCAGCUAUCGGAGACUUGGUUGUAGCUAAGAGCACUGUUGGGAAAAGCCAGUAGUUUGUAAGAGGAUGGUGAUGAAACUUUGGGAUACUAGGAUCGUGUAUGUUAGCUGUUUUUUUAUGAGAUGUCGCUCGUAGCGCGUUCAAUUAUAUUUACCUACUUUUUUCCGUUAA